UUCAUUACUGUUCUGGGAAUCCACAUUAAUCAUUCCGGGGGAGUUUUAUUGCCUCCGCGCCUUUCCUUUUUGCCCCUUUUUUUUCUCUCCCUUAUCCAAUCGAUCACAAUGAAGCUCUUCCUAAUCACUGCAAUCGCUCUUCAAGUUGCAUUCCACAGUGCAAUGUCGCAAAAAGUUGUUCCACGACGCGAUGAACAUUAUCCGCCGCCGGAACUGCUGAGGGCACUGAGACCAAUUCAUGACAUUUGCGUGGAGAAAACAGGCGUCACUGACGAGGCCAUCAAAGAGUUUAGCGACGGGGAAAUCCACGAGGACGAGAAGCUGAAGUGCUACAUGAAUUGCGUCUUCCACGAGGCUGAGGUUGUGAAUGACGCCGGCGAAGUCCACUUGGAGAAAUUGCACGAUAAACUACCGGCCUCAAUGCACGAUAUUGCCCUCCACAUGGGCAAGAAGUGCCUCUAUCCCGAAGGCGACAACCUCUGCGAGAAAGCCUUCUGGCUGCACAAGUGCUGGAAAACCUCUGAUCCAAAACAUUAUUUCUUAAUAUAAAAUAGCCCAGAUGUCGAGGACAAACAUGCUCUCAAGACAAGUCUCAACGACGUUGGAAUGAGGCGAAUCACUUUGGAUGAGAGCACAUUAGUUUUGUCACUAACGCAAACUGUCAAGCAGAGGAAGACAAGUCAAAAUUCUCGUGACUAACUUCAUGAAAAAAGGGUAGAAUAAAUCAGCAUC